AGUUCGUGGAUAUGGAGAAAGUGGCUGAGCGCGUAAGUUACCUUUUCUCUUUACCCUUUACAUCACGUCCUCCCCUGCCCAUCUUUCAUCCUUCAAUCUCUUCCUUGCAAAGAUGUUUCUGACAUCACUCCAGUACAUGAGAACCAGAGCCCUGGAGCGUGGCCCCGAGACUCGUGAGCGUGAGUACUCUCCAGGCCGUCCUGAGAAGGUCGAUAAGUGGAUGGCUAGAUCGUCAGCUCCCGGCGGUGACAGCGACGAUGUUUCUGCACCAGCCCCCCAGUCUGACCCUGAGUCCGCCGCUAAAGCUGGCGCUGACAAUGACACUGUUUGGGGCCCUGCUCUUCUUACCGUCGAGCGUGCCAGCGAAGUCACUCCUGCGCCUCUUCCUCGCGGAAACGACUCUGGACCUGUCGACAUCCCCUUGAUCGUCGUCGAGGACGCCACCCCUGAGCCCAAGAAGUACGAACAGCGUACCGAAUCCGACGAAGCUGCUCCCGAAGUUUCGCCUCCUGGCGCCACUCCUCAAUGGGUUCAUCGUGUCUUCGACCCUCCCGCCCGCGACGAGGCUGCUGGUCGUCAGAUCGGUGGACUCGCUGGCUCUACUCGCAAUGAUCCCAUCACGCCUCCCGCCCACACCUUUCACGCUGUUACUGGCACUGUGCGUCAUCGCAUCGAUGCUCACGGCCCUCACGACGAUCUCGGCGAAAAUGGCGAUGUUGAGCUGAACGGAGGUGAGGGUAAGGAGGCUACCCAGGUCGAACAGGACAAGAAGGUCGACGAGUAUGGCUAUGGCGAGGAGGGAGAAGGCGACAGUGACUCUGAUUCUGACUCCGACUCCAGCUCUGAAGAUGAUGAGGAAGGGGAGGGAGAGUACGAUGUUACUUUGGUCAAGCAGGCUAUGGCUGAUCUCAAGCGCUAAAAGAGAUAGAAAUGAGACAAAAAGAAAGAUAGAGUUCAAAGCAGAGCGAUCUAAAACCCCAGCAUCCCAAGACUCUAGUAAAGAGGCUCUCGUGAUCGAUGAUUGGAUAAAGACAAGCGCAUCGAAAUGCAGAAUGAUUGUCACAUGAACUCACCUCGAACC